ACAAGUUAAAAGAAAUCCAAUUCUUUUCUCUCUCUCUGUCUCUCUCUCUUAUUCUAUUCUGUUCAUCGACGAGCCAUGGCGAGCCUCUGGCGAGCCGCGAUGGGCGGCAGCACCCAAUCCACCGACGACUACGAGGGCGUGGAGUUCUGGUCGAGCCCGGAGCGGUGCGGCUGGCUGACCAAACAAGGCGAGUACAUCAAGACCUGGCGUCGCCGGUGGUUCGUCCUCAAGCAAGGCAAGCUCUUCUGGUUCAAGGAAUCCACGGUCACCCGCGCCUCCAAGCCACGUGGCGUCAUCCCAGUGGCCACCUGCCUCACUGUCAAGGGCGCCGAAGACGUCCUCAACAAGCAGUUCGCUUUCGAACUCUCCACUCGCUCCGACACCAUGUACUUCAUCGCCGAUUCGGAGAAGGAGAAGGAAGACUGGAUUAACUCGAUUGGACGAUCUAUUGUUCAGCACUCGAGAUCGGUCACUGACAACGAGAUCGUCGAUUACGAUAGCAAGCGCUAGAGAGAGAUUGAUUCAGAUUCUGUGCUUGUUUGUUGUGUAAAAUUAGGUACGUUUGAUCUUUGUCUUUGCUCGAAAUUUUUAGAGAAUUUCCGUGUUUUGUGCUUUGAAUGUGUAUAAAUCGAUUUAAGAUCAAUAUCGUGUUUUGAUCUUUGUUAGAAUUCUCUGUUCUUGUUGUUAUUAUCAGAUCUUAAAAUUUGAAAAAAAAAAACUAAAUAAAAAAGUUAUGCUUUGUGGAA